AGUGAUCUCUCUUUUUCUGAUUCUUCAUUGUCAAGUUCUGAAAGUGACUGUCCUUUGGAAUUGAGAAAACGAAACAAAAAAAUGUCAGAAGAGAACUUUUCUUGGUCAUUCAAUAAGAGCCGACAAGAGUACACCAUUGGCGGAAAMAACAAAAUUCCACCGUUUUCAAUAUCCUCCAAUCUUUACGAUAAAUUAUACGAUUUUCAGAAGGAAGGUGUAGCUUGGAUGGCCGGGCUGCAUAUUCCUAGAAUUGGUGGUAUACUGGGAGAUGACAUGGGAAUGGUAAAUUUCAAUGGAAAAUUUCAGUCUAGCUCGUCGACAUCAACACAUCUGCUUUCUCAUGCAAUCUCAUGCAUUAUGUUGGUUCACUCUUCUCUCAUAGGGCAAAACAUUCACGACACUGACCUUCCUUGGAGGCUUGAUGAAGGCGAAGACGAUUAACAAAGCUGUUGUGGUGGCUCCUGUCAGUGUCUUGCGGAACUGGGAGAAUGAAGCGAGAAAAAUUCUACCUCUCUGUUGUCACGUCAAAAUCCAAGUCCUUUCUAGCGAUGUUACAGUAUAUAAUAGGCAGAAGAGAUUACACAAGGCAUUAGAAGCACAAUCGCCACAACUAGUGAUCACCUCAUUUGGUUUGGUGGCAAACAACCCUGGCCACUUCACGCAGAAUGUUGCUGGGAAGCAAGUUUGGGACUACAUCAUAUUGGAUGAAGCGGUAAGUCCGAAUUGUUUGUUGACGGCGUUGAAAAGUGAUGUGUUUCUAUUAUUGCUAAACUAAUCUUUUCCUUAUUUUUACGUCGUCAGCAUAAGAUAAAGAAUCCCAACACGAAAACUAGCGAAGCGAUGGAAGUGAUAGCAAAAAAUAAAAAAACUCGUAGAUUAAUUUUGACCGGUACCCCAAUCAUGAACAAUCUCAGAGAGCUGCACGCACUUUUUACUUUCGCGACUUCUGGAAAGAUUCUUGGAACGCACAAAGAAUUUCAAAACGAUUUCGGUAAACCCAUUGAGGCUGCGAGAAGUGCAGAUGCUGACCAUUUUGAGGUGAAAAGGGGAGAGGAAGCAAUGCAAGAGCUACAGAAAUUGAUUCAACCAUAUUUUCUGCAGCGAACGAAAGCCGAAUAUCUUGCCGAAUCACUUCCAGCCAAACAUGAAUACGUACUCUGGACAAAUCUAUCUUCUCUCCAACGAGAAAUGUACACGAAAUAUAUCCAAUCUGAAAUUGUUUCUAGUCUUCUAGAAGGUGAAGCUAAAUCUCCAUUGUUUGCAAUUUCAUGGCUUCAAAAGUURUGUGGCCAUCCUUUGCUUGUCGAAGAGAAAGCUGUGGAUUUAGCUGACGGUUAUGACGAAUAUGACGCGAAGGAGUUGAUGGCUACAUCCGCAAAGCUUGAAGUUGCCUACAAUCUUCUUGAUGCCUUGAUUCGAAAAGGCCAUCGGACCUUAAUUUUCUCGCAGUCCACAAAAGUACUGGACAUCAUCGAACGUGUUCUGAAGUAUAAAUUCAAGCUAUUACGAAUCGACGGAUCAACGAAAGAAAAAGAUAGACAAAAAUAUGUCGACGAAUUCAACGAAUCGGGUUCGGAUAUUGAUAUCAUGCUUAUAUCUACCAAAGCUGGGGGACAGGGCCUAACUUUGACAGGAGCAGAUUCGUGCAUAGUUUACGAUCCAUCGUGGAAUCCUGCAGAGGAUGCACAAGCAGUUGGUAAGUCCAAGACAAAGAAGUCUGGGAAGGAUUUUACUUGUUUUCUAAUUGUCUCAGUUUAACUUAUUGAUUUCACUUUGUUUAGAUCGUUGCUACCGGCUUGGCCAGAAGAAGGAGGUUCAGGUAUUUCGACUCAUUACUGCAGGUACGGUAGAAGAGAAACGGUACGAAAAACAAAUCCAUAAAGAUGGCAUACGUCGGACGAUUCUAACAAACACUGGAAAUAAUACAGCGAAGUAUUUCACUAAAGAGGAACUCAGGAAGAAAGUAUUUGUUCUCGGGAAUGAAGGUGAAUGCGAGUUCCUGGAAAAACUUGAGAUGAGAGGAUAUGGAUACGACGCUCGGAAAAAUCCAGCUUAUUCCUAUUGCUCCCACAAAGGAGUAGUUGGCCAGAGUUCACACGACAUUGUCUAUUCGCUGCCAGAGAGUUUCUAUUUCGAUGAGCUCAUCACAUCGUAUUCGCAUCAACCAUUUAGCAGCCUUCCUACAGAAUCGACUUGGAUUGCGAACAAAAGCAAACCUCGGCCCAUGGGUCGAUCCUCCAAAGUUCCGUCCAAAAAAAAAUAUUACAAUGAAGACAAAGAGAACAAAACUAAAAAUAGUAAGAUGGAAGGGGUUCGAAAUUUCAGCGAGACAACAAAAACURACCUUUCGUCUGACAUUGGUAAUCUGCCGUCAGAUUCUCAAAUCGCAUUCAAGAAAUUGAUUUUACRGGUUGAGCGUCUUCACCGCUCCGGGAAGAGAGAACAGGCGGUGGGAGUGCUAAUGGACCUUCUCGACAAAAAUCUUGGGAAAGCUCACUCACAAAAAGUACACGAGAUGAUGUCUUCUGUAACGAAUGAGAUAGGAUGGUUAGAUGGCUGAAUCGAAUACGUAUCACAAUUAAUAGGAACCAGGGCCAUAAGUGUCCGAGGCAAAUUCCACACCUGCCGCGACUAAGACUGGCCUAAAAGACAGCAAAAAAGAACGUCUUUAACC